GAGUAUCAGUUCUCGGGCCACUACAGGACAAUGAAGUCUUUCGUAUUACUGUUAAUUAGUGUGGCCGUAGUGGCAGCGAAGCCCACGGAUGAAGAUGUUGUCGGAUCUGUUAUCGGCGUCGUCAGGAGUUGUUCGGAGAAAGAUGUCUCUUUGUGUCUCAAGGAAAAAGCACUGAAAUACGCUGAAAAUCUGUCAUCUGCUCGCGAAAUCAACUUGAUCGAUGGGGUAACAUUAGUAAGCACAGGAUCUUCGCGUUCCGCAAGAUCCUUCGAGCCAUUAUCUGAAGAACCACGAGCGAGAGAGAGCCAAGUGGAAUCUAGACUAGUGGAUGCCGCAGCUGACUUCCUGGAAAACCACGUCAUCCAACUCAGGGUCCCAAAAGACACCGUCGAUGAUGUUAAGAGAUCCCUUGAAGAAGGUCGUGGCAAGAAGAAGAAGCUGAAGCAGUUGAUCCCAAUCUUCGCUCUCCUGAACCUUAAGAUCCAAUCUCUCAUCCCUCUCUUCCUUGGAAUCAUUGCCUUUGCUGCUGUCAAGGGUCUGCUUCUCGCUAAGGCUGCUUUAUUGGCCUCCGCUCUUCUCCUGCUCAAGAAACUUCUUUCCAAAAACGACCACCAUGAGAGCUAUGAAGUCGUCGCUCAUCCUCACCACGAAGAGCACUACAGCCACGGUGGCGGUCACGGGGGCUGGGGGAGAUCCCAAGAUGCCCAGAAUCUAGCUUACAGCGCCUACUCCGACUAAACCUAAGAUUUUCAAUUUAGUCUUACUCGGACCUCAAAGAACAUUAAUUUAUUGUUUAAUUUAAUAAUUUAUUUAAAUUAUUUAAACAUUUCUUCUUCAUACUCGGCUAUGGUCUUCGCGUCACCGGAGUAUUUUUAUGUACCUGUUUUUUAUAUAGUACAAAUAUUGUUAAGUUGUAAUGGCUUUAACAUUUUUUUUUGAUUCUUCUAUAAUGUUAAAAUAGUGUAUUAUAAAAUAAUACGUUCUACAUUUCUCUCAAUAUAUUAUGUGUCGCUUUUGUAAAUAUGCUUAAUGUAUUUUUAUUUAUGUAAAAUAU